CCCGCAUAUUCACGGAAAGCCGCGGCGCCUCGUCUGGCCGACUGGCCGAUGUUGCUUUUUUGGCAUCCCCUUCCAAAGGCGGCCAAUGCCAUCCAAGCCUACUGUGACCCCAAAUCUCUUCGGACGGAGUCCUUUGCAGAGCGUGGACCGAAUGCGCCGCCGUCACGGUGAGGCUGUUGCCGACGCGCUUUGCCCCUCCCCCUACCCCCCCUUCUGCGCGUGGACGAGGCUGCUGGCGCCCUCGCGGCGAGUGUCGUUACUGACACGGCGGCAGCCGCCGGGGAGAAAGUCACGCUGUGGCGUCUCGGGCGGCGGCUGGCCUCAAAGCAGGAGGGCUGGUGGUCUGCAUCGGCUGUAAAGACCGUGCGUCUGCCCACGAGACACUAAAAGGCCAAGGAAGCACGAAACACGAAACGAGAUUCUGCUGUAUGUCUGUAUCAAGACCAGCAAAAAAAAAGCCGCAGCGACCACAUCUGCUGCGUGGCAGCGCGAGGAACGUUCUCAGCUCUUCGCCCUCUGUAUAGGGUCUCUUUAAAGAGCGUCUUCGAUCACUAUACUGUACACACGGGAUCGGCAAAACUGCUGUCGUCUCCGCUCUGACUGGUCCGCGUUGCUAAAACAACGGGAGACCCAGGACACGCUGCCUCACAGAGACUGGGCCCUGGAGACUGCGCCUGUAUCGUCCCGGGGGGGAGGCCCGACGCUGGGCUUGGCGGUGGCGCUGCACGAUGUGGGCACAAGUCCUGGCUGGCUCGAUCGAUAUCCUGUGCUUGUCGCUCACGGUCGUCCUGUGCGAUGCGCGUACGAGUUUUCCAAAUGCGCGCCCGCGCAGCCUCACAGCGGACGCCAAAGCUCGCACGAACAAGCAGGCUGACCGCGGUAGCUCUGGCCGCGCCUCUGCCAGGUGCACGGUUUUCCCCGGGGCCGUAGGCGACACGAGGAGGAGGAGGAGGAGUAUGAGAAAGAAAACAAAAAAAGAGGGAGGAGGGGGAGGAGGAGGAGGCGGCGGAGGAGGAGGACGGGUCGCCUAAGCCCUUCGGAGAAACCCUCCACUGCCAAGCGAGGCAAAGAAGGACUCGGACCCAGUUCAGCGGCCGCCCGAGCGCACACCUUCCGACACUAUCUCGGCUGCCCUGAGCGCCACCGCCUGCAGGGUCAGGGCCGGGUGGCCCCACACCUGCUGCGGGACAAUGGACGCGUCUGCGACGGCGAUGUUGGUGCUCUCCCUGACGAUCAGCGUGGCGGGGUCCACGCAGCUUCCGAGCGCGCAACUUCCUACCCAAUGGUUCAUGCUGUAGGGUCCUUCCGCCGCCCCCUGUGGCAGCGCGCCCAUCUCGCGCAUCCACCCCUGGAACGCAAGCUGCGCCUGGCGCAUGGUGUCCUGGUCCUGCUUGCAUGCCAGGUAGAGGUGGUCGUUUUCAAAGGUCGCAGCGUUGCCCUCCGCCAGCACGACGUCGGCGCUGGAGCAGGUGGGGCGCAUCAGUGAGAACGACAGCGUGACCUCCGACGGCUGGUCGCUCGGCUGCACCCACAUCUCGACGUCCCAGUCUUCCGCGCUGCCCGCCGUGUCGGGGCUGCGCCAGAAUGCGGCCAGCAGGGGCCCGUACUGCGCCAGGCCGCCAGACCUGUUCGCCGCAUACUCCUGGAUGGCGGCCGCGGUCGGCGGGGAGUAGGGAAACACGCUCACCGUCGAGCCGGCCGGCAGCUUGUACCUCUGGGCUGCGUAAGCGUGAUCCGAGACGCCGCGGCCGACGGCGCCGUUGCCGGGAGCCACGCCGCUGGCCAGCAGCAACCUCGGGGUGUUGAGGGCCCCGCCGGAGAGCACCAGCCUGCCCCGCUGCGACAACCGCGCCACCUGGCUUCGGCCGCCACGGGUGUACCUCACGCCCGUCGCGCUGCCGGCCCCGUCGUGCUCGAUCGCCGACACGAGGCUCUCCAGCCGAAGGCUGACGUUCGGCCGUGCGAGCGCCGCAGGCAAGAGCACGGAGGCGGUCGACUGCCGGAACCCUUCGCCUGCAGUGACAAGGGGCACGCCCAUCGUCCAGCUCUGCGGCUGGCGCGGGGUGACCUCGCUGAAGUGGCCAGCGAGCGCGCCUUUCACGAGACUGGCUCCCGCGUCGUCCAGGUAGUGCUUGCCGUCUGCACUGGGCGUCUGGGUCACGUGGAACAGUUCCUCGGCGGCCGUCAGGUAGGGCUCCAGGUCGGCCCACUGCCAGCCGGAGGGCCACGAGGCGAAGCACCCACUCUGGGGCACCUGCGUCAGUGCUCCAUUCAUGACCCCGCAGCCGCCCAAGAUCUUGCACUGGAAGCCUGGGACAUCCUGCCACGCCUGCUCGCAGUCUCCGCUCCAGCACUGCUGCACUGGGUAAUUUCCAGGCACGUCGUAGCGAGUCACAUUCUCCAGGCCGGGCGUCCACACCUGCCACUGGCCAUCGGCUCCCACGCUCGCCGGUGCUUCGGUGCCGCCCAGGGAGAAGUGCGAGGCCUUGCCGGCCUCCAGGACAAGGAUGCGGAAGUCCCGUGGCAAUGCAUCCGCCAUCUUCGCGACGACCACGGAGCCCACCAGGCCAGCCCCGACGAUCACCACGUCGAAUUCUUCGUCUUCGGGACCGGCGGUGGGAGACGGACUGUGCGGCGAGGGGGGCGCCGUGGAGAUCGGCGUCGAGACUGGCGGCACGGGCCCGGCGGUGGGAGACGGGCCGGGCGGCGUGUCCUCGCAGCAGCCGAGCGUCAGGCCCGCGGCGGUGGGGCAGCAGUCGCCCGCCAGGUGGGCACACAGCGGGUGAGCGCUGCACGCCGAGCCCACGCCGCCGCCCGCCGCGCGGGGCUCCAAGAACCGCGCGCCCGCCGAGGUCGCGCACAGCUCGGCGCGGAGCGCCGCCAGGAGCGCGCAGCGCGCUGCGAUGGCGACGGCGCGCGGCCGGGGCGCCAUGCCGCAGGCGGGCUUCGAGCAGGGAGCGCGGAGGGCGCGCGGGCCGCGGGCGGUGGGCAGACCGAGCUUCGACCAAAGGGGGCCUCGAGCCAG